AUGCUUACUUCUCUUAGGGAGGGUUUGGCCAUAGCAUUAGACACAGCUCGAGCUCUAGUUCCUGCCCCGGCUUUGCCACCAGAUUUGUCUUUCAGUUUCCUCAAUCCUGCCAAAUUCCCUGCAUACCCGAGUCCCGAGUUGAGACGAUACGUGGCAUGGCUGCUGAGGGAGGCCGAGGUACCUGCCUUUCUAUGGGGGCCCGAGAUAACCCGGAUAUACGGAAGCAAGAACAAAUUCCGAUACCACCUCUGGGCAGUAAAGGAUGAGGAAAUGGAGAAGGCCGUGCAAGUGCUCGAUAAGGCUGGAUUCCCACCCUGCCAGAAUGGCCUUCGUUGUACGGUCUUUGACCCUCAGUACACUAAACUUCCAUCUCCCGACCAUCACUACCACACAGAGCACAAUUAUGAACAAGAUAGUGUCACUAGCGGUGUCUAUUUGUACCGGAAGUCCCGACUAUUCCCAUCCCUCCCUGAUCCGCCGCUUCACGACCUGGAGCCUAAUGACAGAUACUAUAUGCUCAGUUCCGACGAACGGUUCCCUGACUGGAACAUUGAUGCUAGUGAGCGCUCGUCUGAGCAAAAGUACCCUGUUAUCGUUCCUACGCCUGCCAGAUAUCUGGAGGCCAUUUGUCUGCUGGCUGUCCGUUAUAUUGAAGGGCAGCAUUCGAGUAUAUUUUGGAACGCGGAAAUCUAUCGCAUGAUGAAUCUCCUGGGCGAUAGGUUUGUCGAUGUAUUACAAUUGAGCGACCUUGACGAACCAUGGUAUGAAUAUUGCAGGCGAAACGUUGAUCGCAGUCAUAGCGACCGCGUGGAUGACUGGCGAGGUCGCAAGUACCAGGUCAUGAUCUAUGCUGAUCUGAAGGAAAAGGGCCAGCUUCAACCACCUGAGACAAAGGAAAUUCUACAAACUAGAGGGUUGAGCUCGGCAAUUGCAGAGGCUAGGGGUUUGUUUCCGGAUGCACUACUCACGUGA